CUUCUUCUUCCGUCGGUAUCAUCUCAUUGGAUCAUGAUGGCGUCUCAGCAGCAGCAGCAGCCCGGCGGGCCGAUGUCACAGCCCGGAGGACCGAUGUCGCAGCCCGGCGGGCCGAUGUCGCAGUCCGGCGGGCCGAUGUCGCAGUCCGGCGGGCCGAUGUCUCAGCCCGGGUUACAGCAGCAAGCUUCAUUACAACAGCAGCAGCAGCAGCAGCUCCUGAGCCAACAGCAAGACUUUGACCCAGUCCACAGAUUUAAGAUGCUCAUUCCUCAGCUGAAGGAGAGUCUGCAGAAUGUUAUGAAGAUAGCAUCCCUGAAUUUGGCCCAUAACACGACAAUUGACAACGGCAUCAAAAGCAGCGACACCACAGUACAGCGCUUUGACAAGAGCCUGGAGGAGUUUUAUGCUCUUUGCGAUCAACUGGAGCUGUGUUUGCGGCUGGCGUAUGAGUGUCUCUCCCAGAGCAUUGACAGCGCCAAACAUUCACCCAACCUGGUCCCCACAGCCACCAAGCCGGACACGGUGCAGACGGAGUCCAUGUCUUAUUCCCAGUACCUCGGCAUGAUCAAGUCUCAGAUCUCCUGCGCCAAAGAUAUCCACAACGCUCUGCUGGAGUGCUCCAAGAAGAUCGCUGGGAAGGGACAGCCUCAGGGAAUCAUGUAAUGACCCGGAAUAACUAUCCUUUUAUACAUCUGGUGACAUUUUUCAGAAGGUGGAAGAAUUUCAUAUAAUGGGAAUGUCUCAGAACUCAGUUUUGGCCAAAGGUGCUGUCUCAUUUUUCAACAUCCUGUAUAGUUAUUUUGGUUUAUGUUUCUUGUAAGCUCUGUGUAAAUAUUUCCAACAAAAUGUCAUGCUCUGAUAUGACCACCAGGUGGUGGCAGAGUUGUAUCUUCCAACUCAAUAUCCACAUCUCUUUUGUAGCUUAUUUGUACUGACUAUUAAAACAUUUGUACUGAAACUAAUGUUUCAUCAUUAUUCAAC